CUGGAGGUUAAAGUUCAUCUGUUGUGAUGCUGCAGCUUCCGGCCGUAUCUUGCUCGGAGUUGGUCUUCCUCUUUAGCUCGACCACAGAAAGUUCUUCUAUUCCGUCCCGGAUCUGCUGCCAGCAUGCCCAUCAUCAGCAAUGCCAACCAUGACUUCAGCACCUACUCCAUCAGCAGCGACGAUAGCAGCCUGGACCGGUUCUUCACUGAGAUCCCAGAGACCGAGACCCUAAAGGGGGUGUACUUCCAGCGCGGGCUGCUGCGGGAGCCCCAGGCCUCCUUCACGGUGGACCACGCCGUGCAGGUCCUCAUCAACGUCGGGGGGAACCGCUACGUUCCCUGGAGCACGCUGGAGCAGUUCCCCCAGAGCCGGCUGGCCCGUCUUCGCUCCUGCACCACGCCGGAGGAGAUCGCUCGGCUCUGCGACGACUACGACGAGACGUGUCGGGAGUUCUUCUUCGACCGGAACCCCACGGCCUUCAGGGUCAUCCUGAAUUUCCUGGCGGCGGGAAAGCUGCGUCUUCUCCGGGAGCUGUGCGCCGUCUCUCUGCACGAUGAGCUGGACUACUGGGGCGUGGACCCGGGCCACAUGGAGCGCUGCUGCCGGCGGCGGAUGAUCACCCGGGUGGACGAGGUGGCAGAGCGCCGGCGGAAGGAGGAGGAGUGGAGGCAGAAGAGGAUGAAGCUGAAGGAGAGACCCCCGCAGGCGGAGAAGGGCUACCGCAGGCUGGUGUCGGCGCUGCGGGAGGUGAUGGAAAACCCGCACUCGGGUUUGGCGGGGAAGAUCUUCGCCUGCCUGUCCAUCAUCAUGGUUCUGGUGACUGUGGUCAGCCUCUGCAUCAGUACCAUGCCGGACCUCAGAGACGAGGAGAACCGGGGCGAAUGCUCCCAGAAGUGUCGCAACAUGUUCGUGGUGGAGUCCGUGUGCGUGGCCUGGUUCACCCUGGAGUUCCUGCUGCGCUUCGUCAACGCUCCCUCCAAGCUGGCCUUCGCUCGCGGCCCGCUCAACAUCAUCGACGCCGUCGCCAUCCUGCCGUACUACGUGUCGCUGGUGUUCGACGUCGGUGAGGAGGCGCAGGACGAGGCGGCGGUGGGCCGCGGCUACCUGGACAAGCUGAGCCUGAUCCUGCGGCUGCUGCGGGCGCUGCGGAUCCUGUACGUGAUGCGGCUGGCGCGCCACUCCCUGGGCCUGCAGACGCUGGGCGUCACCAUGCAGCGCAGCAUGCGGGAGUUCGGCCUGCUGCUGCUCUUCGUCUGUGUGGCCGUCGCCCUCUUCUCGCCGCUGGUCCACCUGGCCGAGAGCGAGCUCGCGCCGUUCGCCGCCGCGCAUCCCCAGCACAGCUUCAGCAGCAUCCCGGCCUCCUACUGGUGGGCCAUCAUCUCCAUGACCACGGUGGGCUACGGCGACAUGGUGCCACGCAGCGUCCCCGGCCAGAUGGUGGCGCUCGUCAGCAUCCUGAGCGGCAUCCUCAUCAUGGCGUUCCCGGCCACCUCCAUCUUCCACACCUUCUCUCGCUCUUACCAGGAGCUGAAGCAGGAGUACGAGCGGGUGUGGAAGCAGGAGCGCCACAAGGAGAUGAGUGACUUCUCGCAGGAAGACUUCUCGUCUGCGUCCAAAAAGGAAAGCGACGGACUCCCGUCCAACGAGACGCAUCGGUCCACACUGCCACCUUCUGCUUUCUGAUGGACAUUUCCAGUGUCUUUCCCUUUAAAUCUUUAAUCUGACUCCCAGAUGGACGUCCAGCUGUGGCCCCUAAGGGCCCCGGUCUGCGUACGGGUCACCACCCUGCAGGAUCCGAGCCGGAGGAACCGCUGAUGUUGGAUCUCCAGCUGAGGAGUCUUCCUUUAAUAUCUUCUCCUUCAGGUUUAGAUUUGUUCAGUGCUGCAGCUUCAACCCUUUAAUGAGUCCAGAUUUAUAGAAUCUGUCCAUCGGUUUAAAUCCCAGCCAACAUUUAGUCUGAUUUCCCCCUGAUAGUCCAGAAGACUCGGUUCUAUUGGUACCAAACAUUUAACAACUCCAUCUGCUGAGGUUCUUUCUCUCUGCUCUGAGUCAAACCAGCCUGUUACCCUCCUGGCCUGUGGGGGCGCUGGAAACGACACUAAAACCUCUGAAGACGCUGAGAGCAACUUCCUGCUUCACCAGAUGAAACAAGAUGGAGGCGUCAGAGUUUAGUGCUGGAGGAUUUCUCUUUAGUCAUUUCUCCUGUUAGCAUUGGGCUAGAACGUUAGCUUUGGUUGUAUUUACCCAGAAUGCCCUGUGCUGUCGUCCACUUCCUAUUCGUGGUGCAGUCUCUGGUCCGCGUGGCGUUCACAUUCAAACCGAACCCAGACCGGUUGAGGUCAGAGGUCGAUUAGCAUUCACACCUGACCAAACCAGACUUUGACUAGACAGACGGACUGGCGUCAGAGUAAAGCAGAUUGAACAGAGCUGGGGAAGAACCCUGAAACGUUUGACACGCGUUGUGUUUGUUUUCCACUAAACUCCGGCUGGAUCAGAGGAUUUGAUCAGGAGGCAUCAAAUUAAAAAUGAAAAACAGAAACAGCUGAAUGAAAGGUUCAUUAAUGAUGAUAAAAUGUCAGAUUAGCAUCAGAAAAGCGGCAGCAGAGUCUCAGUGAUCCGCUCACAACUGAUGAUCCCCUGAAUCUCUGGUUCCCUAAAGAACCAGGUCGAGUUUUCCAGCCGACUGAGACGCAUUCAGGAUCUACCUGUUAAUAAACUGAGAUAUGAAGCUUAAAUUAAACUGUUAAAUGUGAUAAUAAAACGUGGACUGGAUGAGGAGUUGGUAACAAUGUGGUUCUGACUCGGUUCCCAGGAGGUGGAAAUGGAACCGGGGCUUUCACAGAACCAGAUCAGGACUGGAAUUUUACUGGUGGAAAAACCAUUAUGAUGAAUGGACUUAAAAUAAAAAUACAAAAAUAAUUUAAAAUGUGUUUCUUCUGUAGGCAGGGAAAAGAUUGAUUGAUAAAAGCAAUAAAAAGAGCCAAACAUCCAAGGGCUGCACAGUUUUCAUUAAUCAGUCACAGUUCUUGUCUAAACUGGACUUUAGCAGAAGUUUUCCUCCUCUGUGUUUUCAGGAAACUUUCCAGCUUAACUUGGAUUCCAGUUCUGGAAAAAAGUUGUUUAAAAUCCAGAUCAAAUAAUAAAAGUUACAACUUAAUGUUAGCAAGACAGCAAUGCAUUUAAACUCUUUAACCACCAAGAGCUUGUCUGACUGCUUUUUAUGAUUUAAAAUUAUGUUUUUCCAUAAAAGUGCCCAAAAUCAACGUAUUUUCAACCCAUUGGGCUAUUACUGCCAUCUAGUGGUGAAGUUUGAAAUCCCAACCAGAACCGGAAACUGAUUUGUUUUUUCUCCAUUUCUCUGUUCUUCCUCUUCCUUUCUUUUGCUUUGUUGGUUUUCUGUUUUUGGAUUAAUUCAUGUAGACAUGAUCUAUAAGAUGUUUUCUACAGAAAAUGGAUUCCUGGUUUGACUGGUUCUGUCGCUCUAAGGCGUAGAUGGAGCGACA